CCCCCGAUAGCGCUUAUCGCCGCGUGAUGCAUGCGGGGCGCCCCACAACUCACCACGGUACUCACAUCUAUCCACGCCCUGAACCACACACACCAUGGCCGACGCGCGCUGGUCCUCGCUGCUGCGCGCCGCGCUCGCCGCUGCGUACCACGACCCCGUCCCAACAGCGCCGCACACCUCCCUCGCCGGCGGCGGCAAGCUGGUCGACCCCGACGACCCCGGCAAGGACCCGCGCUUCCGCGCCCUCGUCGAGGCCAUCCUGUUCGGCCGCCGCUUCCUGAAGACCUACAACGCAGUACUGCUGGGCGUGUUGCUGUUGAUCACAGCAUGGCACUGGGGCGGCAAGGGCGUGCAGCGCUGGCGCGCCCGGCGGGGAGUGCGGAGCGCGGAUGCGCAGGAGGCGUGGAGUAGCUCGAGCAGCACGCUGUCGGGCGCCGUGACGCCGCCGCCGAAAGACACUGAAGACACGCCGUUGCUGGGUGCGCGGGGGCAGCCGCGGCGCGUGGGCUGGGCGCGGAGGGUGUGCGGAGCGUUACGCGCGGUGCUGCAGUAUCAGCCGCAGCCACUACCAGUCGUGAACAAGACGAUGCCGGCGAACGGGGUGACGCUUGUUGUGCUGCUGUGGACUGCGCUGAUCGUCUUCUACAACCUGUACCGCAUGCCGCUGUCGUUUCUGUAUCUGUUUGUGUUCGCGGAUCGCUGCGGGAUCAUCUUCAUCUCGAAUCUGCCGCUGCUGUAUCUGCUGGCGGCGAAGAACCAGCCCAUCAAGCUGCUCACGGGGUACUCGUAUGAGAGCCUGAAUGUCUUCCAUCGGCGGGUCGGGGAGGUGAUGUGUUUGGAGGCGUUUCUGCACUUCCUGGGCAUGAACGCGGUGUGGUACGGGAUGCUGCGGCACCUCGGGUUCACGCUGGCCAAGUUCCUGUUCAACCGCGUGGUGAUGCUGGGGCUGCUCGCCUUCAUCGCGUACGAGCUGAUCUACUUCACGUCGCUGGGCAGCUUCCGGCAGCGCUGGUACGAAGUCUUCCUGGCCCUGCACAUCGGCCUGCAGGUCGCCGGCCUCGCAUUCCUCUGGUUCCACCACUACACAUCCCGCCCCUACGUCGGCGCCGCGCUGGCCAUCUUCCUCGUCGACCGCCUCGUGUACCGCCUCUGGCUCAAGUCCAGCACCCACCCCGCCACCCUCACCGUCAUGGACGACGACGAAACCGUCCUGGUCUCCGCAGACUGGGCCGUGAGCUCCCCGCCGCGCCUCGCCCACAACAUGCACCACGGCUGGGCCGCCAACGAACACAUCUUCCUCACCGUGCCCGCCCUCUCCCGCAAACACGCCCUGCAAUCCCACCCCUUCACCAUCUUCUCCGCCGCGCCUCCCCCGCACCAAACCUCCCCCGCCCAGCCCGCGCACGCCUGGUUCUCGCUCCUCGUGCGCGCCCAGGCCGACCCGGGCUUCACCCGGCGCCUACUCGAAUUCGCGCGCACCCACACGCACACCCGCAUCCGCCUCGACGGGCCCUACGGGUCCCCGCACGCCCUGGCCAUGCUGCGCGCGUCAUCCACGGCGGUGCUGGUCGCGGGCGGCUCGGGCAUCGCCGUCGCGUACCCGCUGCUGUACGCGCUGCUGCAGCCCGCGCGCGACGACGCCGAGGCCACGCCCGCCAGGAAGGUUCGGCUGCUGUGGGUGUCGCACUCGCCCGCCCACCGGCUGUGGAUGCCUGAGGAGAAGCUCGCGGAGCUGCAGCGGUGGGGGCUGGAUGUGGUUAUCCCGCCGCCGACGGCGGAGGCGGGGCGCCCGGAUGUCAAGGGCGUGGUGGGCGAGUGGGUGGAUGGCGAGACGCUGGGGCGUGUGGGCGUUGUGGUGAGUGGGCCCGAGGGGCUGGUGAGGGACGUGAGGAAUAUGUGUGCGGCGAAGAUGUGGCAGGGGCGGGAUGUGGAGGUGGCUGUUGAGAAGUUUGGGUGGUAGACGUACAGUACAGACUUGGCUAUUUGCAGGAGUAGAGGUUCUUUCAUGUAGAUUUUCUUAAGCGGCACUACGCGUAGAUACACGAUAUAUGC